UUAAAGAUCUCUUCAUGUGUCUUGUAUGAAUCCUUUGUACUAUAAGCUCGAGAAGACAUUACUAUGUCUGGAGAGAAGCAUCUAGCCAAGAUCAUCAGGUGAAGGAAAGAAAGUCGCACUAGAUCUGCGAAUUGGAUCCAAAAGAUCGAGCGAGGGGAUCGAUAUGGGAAGAGGGCCUUGCACUUGCUGCAGCAAUGCGUAUUUCAACAGGGGGCCAUGGACGCCCGAGGAGGACGCGCUCCUCACGGAGUAUAUCAAGCGCCAGGGCGACAAAGGCAACUGGAGGAAAGUCCCCAAAGCAGCUGGAUUGCUGAGAUGCGGCAAGAGCUGCCGGUUGAGAUGGCUCAAUUAUUUGAGGCCGGAUAUCAAGCGAGGCAAAUUCUCCGAGGACGAGACAGAUCUCAUCAUCAGGCUGCACUCUCUUCUUGGCAACAGAUGGUCCAUCAUUGCUGGUCGAGUUCCCGGCCGGAGCGACAACGAGAUUAAAAACUACUGGAACUUCCACCUGAGCAAGAGGCUCUUGGGCAUGGGGAUCGACCCCAAGAACCACAAGCCACUACUCCACUAUAAUUCGUCGACAAUCAAAUCGCCUGCAACACACAAGAACACACACACCAGCUUCUUCAGCCGCAACACAUCUUUCACCUCGUCCUUCUCCGCCUUCCCGUCGCCCGAAACUGAUUGCAGCCUCAACUCCGAGGCAUCAUCUACUAGCAGUCUCUCGAUCAAGCCCGGCAUUGGUGCCCACACUUCCUGGAGCAUCGAGGUCGUGAAUGCGGAUCUGCAAGAGCCCGGAUCCGUUCAAGUUGACCAUGAUCAGCUCCAACAACAUCACCAUCAUCAACAACAACAACAACAAGAUGAUCCAAAGUUCAUGUCAAUGAGUUAUAUCGAUCUUGCUCACAAUCUAGAACGCUAUAAUCAGCGCCAAGAAGACUUGGGCCAUGAGAGCUAUGGCUUCGCAGCGGACGAGGACUUGAACAGUAACAACAUCAGCAACAACAGUGACAAUCUCAACGCCUUGGACAGCAGCGAUGACGACGGGAUGAGCGCGCUGAUGCAAGAUCAAGCCCUGCUUAGCCUAGACUUUCUAGAGGUGCCCUUGCUGGAAUCAGAGGGCUUGCUCGAUGUUCUGGGCUACUUACAGUGAUCUUAGGAGAAAAACUCUCGAGAGCAUGAUCAAACUUAGAGUUCGAUCCCGGUCUUUUCCACUUUUUCUUCUCCAC